UCCAGCGGGUGUCAGCGGGGAGUCAUGAAGAGGAGUGGCACACCAGUGUGGGACAGAAGGAGCUACAGGCCCCCUCCCACAUUAAAGAGGAGCAGCUUCAUGAUGAAGAUGAAGCUCAGUCCUUACAGCUUCAUCACAGUCAAAGUGAGGAGAACAGAGGGGCGGAGCUUGUAAGUCAACACAUCACAGAAGCUGAUGGAGAGCAUUGUGAAGAUAUCAAGUCAGAACCAGACAGCAUCUUUGCUCCACUGUCAGACAUGGACCACAUGAUGUCACACUCUUCUGAUCACAGUGACCACAUCCAAAAACCUUUGGAGAGUAAAAAUGACUCUAAAGGUGAUACGAGACAUCACACUAACAACAAACACUUUGACUGCUCUGAAUGUGGGAAAUCAUUUAGAAAGAAGAGUCAUUUUACAGUACACAUGAGAACACACACUGGAGAGAAACCUUUUACUUGCUCCGUUUGUAAGAAGAGUUUCUUCAGAAAGGGUGACAUGACCACACACAUGAGAAUACACACAGGAGAGAAACCUUUUACUUGCUCUGUUUGUAAGAAAAAAUUCUUCCAAAAGGGUAACAUGACCACACACAUGAGAACACACACUGGAGAGAAACCUUUUGCUUGCUCAGCUUGCACUAAAAGAUUCAACACUAAGAAUGACAUGAUAUUACACAUGAGAACACACACAAGUGAGAAACCUUUUACUUGCUCUGUUUGUAAGAAGAGUUUCUCCAGGAAGCAACAAAUGACCACACACAUGAGAACACACACUGGAGAGAAACCUUUUACUUGCUCAUCUUGUGCUAAAAUGUUCAACACUAUGACGGAAAUUAUAAUACACAUGAGAACACACACAGGUGAGAAACCUUUUACUUGCUCUGUUUGUAAGAAGAGUUUCUCCAGCAAGCAAAACAUGACCACACACAUGAGAACACACACUGGAGAGAAACCUUUUGCUUGCUCAGCUUGUGCUAAAAGAUUCAACACUAAGAAUGACAUGACAUUACACAUGAGAACACACACAGGUGAGAAACCUUUUACAUGCUCUGUUUGUAAGAAGAGUUUCUCCAGAAAGGAACGCAUGACCACACACAUGAGAACACACACUGGAGAGAAACCUUUUGCUUGCUCAGCUUGUGCUGUAAGAUUAAACACUAAGAAUGACAUGACAUUACACAUGAUAACACACACAGGUGAGAAACCUUUUACUUGCUCUGUUUGUAAGAAGAGUUUCUCCACAAAGCUUAACAUGACCAGACACAUGAGAACACACACUGGAGAGAAACCUUUUGCUUGCUCAGUUUGUGCUAAAAGAUUCAACACUAAGAAGGAAAUUAUAUUGCACAUGAGAACACACACAGGUGAGAAACCUUUUACUUGCUCUGUUUGUAAGAAGACUUUCUCCAGCAAGCAAAUCAUGACCAGACACAUGAGAACACACACUGGAGAGAAACCUUUUGCUUGUUCAGCUUGUGCUGAAAGAUUCAAACACUAAGAAUGACAUGACAUUACACAUGAGAACACACACAGGUGAGAAACCUUUUACUUGCUCUGUUUGUAAGAAGAGUUUCUCCAGCAAGCAAAUCAUGACCACACACAUGAGAACACACACUGGAGAGAAACCUUUUGCUUGUUCAGCUUGUGUUAAAAGAUUUAACACUAAGAAGGAAAUGAUAUUGCACAUGAGAACACACACAGGUGAGAAACCUUUUACUUGCCCUUUUUGUGAGAAGAGUUUCUCCAUAAAGGAACGCAUGACCACACACAUGAGAACACACACUGGUGAGAAACCGUUUAGUUGCACUGCAUGUGUUAAAAGGUUCUGGUCUAAGUAUCAGGUGAGUAAACACAAGUGUGUAACAGUCAUGGAAGCUGCAGGGAUGUAAAAACACUUAAACAGUGAUUGUGCUAAAUGUAGUUUAAAAACACAGCAUGUUUAAUAUGAAUGUAUAUUUGAUGUUGUAUGUAGUGCUUCUCAUCUUCUAGUCUUAUAUGUUGUCCUGUACUUACUAUUUAAGUUGUGUGCAUGUCUUGAAUAUUAUAUAUGUAGCUACUAUUUUAUUCUAUUUUCUCAUUGUUAAACGGAGGACAUCUUAUUAUUUUAAUUAGGGAUUUUUUCCAUGCAUAUUUUCUAUUUUAU